UGGUUUCGAAUUUCGACAUCGAGAGCUAUCGCAGUUUCGCCGCAGGAUGGAAACCUAUUUAUAUUCCCCACACUUAAAAAAUCCUCCUUUUUUUAAUGUCCCCUCUUCUCUCCUCUUUCACUCUCUCUCUCUCGGCGAAGUGCGAACCCCAAAAUCCCUAUCUGGAGCUGAAGAUUCCUUAAUUGAUCAGAUAUUUUCCGUUAGGGUUUCGAGAGGAUUCCACUGCUAGCGAUCUCUUUCAAUCAAUCUAUGCAAUCGUGAGAGCUGGGUUGAGGAAAGAGAUCCUGAGUUCAUGAAAAAUGUCGACGAGUGUCUCCGCCGUUUAUCUUCACGUCGUCGAUGCCGUAGUCAGUAAGUUGCGGGAUGAGUUCAUCAACGAGGGCGUUGAUGAUUCUGUUCUCAACGAGCUUCAAGGGCUCUGGGAAUUGAAAAUGAUGCAAUGUGGAGUUGUACAAGGUCCCAUAGAAAGAAACUCUGCUCCCAGAGGUUCAGGUGUACCAACCCCUGUACAUGAUCUAAAUGUACCAUAUGAAGGGACAGAAGAAUAUGAAACUCCAACUGCUGAGAUGCUUUUUCCACCGACUCCUUUGCAGACGCCCAUGCAGACACCAUUGCCUGUUGAACCUGGAGCAUAUCCAUACACCCCUGUAGGUCAUUCUGAAUAUGGAACGGUACCUGAUACUGGUGCUGCUUCUGCAGAUAUGAAGGCUGGAAAGCCUGCUCCUUACAUGCAGCCACCAUCUCCCUGGAUGAAUCAAAGACCACUCGGGGUUGAUGUCAAUGUUGCUUACGAGGAAGCAAGAGAGGAUGAGGAAGGAGGUGGAAUAUCUCAGCCACAGCCUCCCAUAAAGGACUUUUUCAUGAUGACUUCGGGCAAACGAAAACGGGAGGACUACCAGCCACAUAUCCUUCCAAAUGGAUAUAUUCCUCAGCAAGAUGGAUCUGGAGAUUCUCUGGAUUGUUCUCUUCAAGAAAAGAUUCAACUCUGUUGUUUGUGUCUUCCAUGGAGGAAACUGAAUCUUAUGAAGAACCCAAUUGCACAGAACUCAUCAAAUGAGGCAUAUGCUGGGACUCUCCAUAACAGAUUAAAGCUCCAAGAAAGAAAGAAAGCUGAUGCUGCAAUUGCUUCAAUAAUUAGAAUGAGGCGGCAUUCUCUAACCAUUCCACAAUGUGAUGGCUUUGAUGAUGUUUAUGAUGAUGGUGUCCGCACUGAAGAUUACAAUACACCAUCAUACUAUGAUCCAAUUCCUGGCAAUGAAGUUGGAACUCCUAAACGAACAAAAGCUGAAGCAUCAGAAGAUGAAGAACCACCUCUAAACGAAGAUGAUGAUGAUGAAGUUGAUGAUUUAGAGCAGGGAGAUGAGGAGCCUAAUACAAACCAUCUAGUGUUGGCGCAAUUUGAAAAGGUAAACAGAACCAAAAGCAAAUGGAAAUGUACACUCAAGGAUGGUAUAAUGCGUUUGAACAAUAAGGAUAUCUUGUUCACAAAGGCCAAUGGGGAUUUUGACUUUUAAGGCUGUCGUCAAACUAGCAUGCUUAAACUUUGUAGUACUUGAUUUUUAUUUUAAUCUUCUAUUCUUUUCAUCUUGUUGUAUUUUUCAGAACAUUCAAGUUUUUUGUACACAUUUUGUAGGGAUGCAAAAGAAAAAAAAAACAAAAGAAAGGAACCUGAAUUUUGUAAUGAUAUUUGGACAUAUAUUCAUAAUAUUUAUUUAU